GAUAAUAUCUGGGGAGAUUUGUUUGGAUGCAGGGUGUUUUAAACGUUUCUCUUUCCUUACUUCUUUCUUGUGUGGUUACGUGGGUCUUUUCCUCUUCGUUUUGCUUGACUUCCCUUGGAGAUAUGGAGCCUUUUCCACUGGGAUGGCAGAUGUUGAGACGAGACAGAAUCUGCUUCCCCAGAAAGGAAGUGUGUGAAGAGUCUUUGUUCUCUGGGAUUGAGAUGGUGAGUGUGGGAGUCAGCACAGAGCCCUGUCAUACCUGGUGGGAGGUAGAGACAGAUGAAACUGUUCUACAGCGGCGGCAGAAACAGAUAGAUUAUGGCAAGUGCACACCUGGUUACCAGUGUUUCCUGCAGCAGGUCCCCAAGGCCAAGCGACAGCCAGGACUUCACCCUCAAACACCAAACAAGAAGAGGAGAUACAGCCGUCGCUCCUGGGAUGCCCAGAUCAGGCAGUGGAGAAGAGCCCUACAUUCCUGGGACCCCCGCCCCGCCCAGCCAGCCUCUGCAGGGCAGAGUGGAAUGGAGGAACUCUUAGAGCCAGUGGGUUCCACCCCUUUGGAUGACCUCCUGAAUAACUGGUUCCAGGCUCUGGAACCCUCACCAAAUCCAGAUGGAGGCCAGAAGGGAGCCCAGUUUGCAGAUUUGGUGGCUCCUGCCUACUCCCUUCUCUGGCUCUGUGAGGAAGAGCCCCACCACUGGUUCUACUUUCUAGCUCAUCACAGUUAUAUAUCUGUCCCAGAUUUGAGUGGGACACAAAAUAUUUAG